AUGGCAAAUAAGAACCCAACAGCUGCUACCGCAUUUAGUAAUGCAAAACAUGUUGAGCCAGAAUCUGAUCUCUCCACGAAUACAACUGUAAAUCGACGUAUGAACAUGCAAAGAACGCAAAAUGUCGUUUUAAUUUGGUUAGACAACAAUAUUGAUGAUAAUAAUGCCGAUCGCAGUAAUACAAUCAAGCAAUUAAAACGUGUAGUUAACAACGUAAACACAUUUACAGAUAGUGAACAAUGCGUUGAAUUUAUUCAAACCAUUACCGACAACAAAAUAUGUAUGAUUAUCUCCGAGUCACUUGGGAAACAUGUUGUGCCUCAUGUGCAUAAUAUGUCCCAAGUACACAGCAUUUUUAUUUUUUGUAAUAAUCAAGAAUGUGAUAAACAAUGGGCUACAGAAUCGCCUAAAAUAAAAGGAGUCUUCUCAGAUAUAACAUCAAUCUGCGAAGCUCUUAAACAAACUGCUUUCCAAUGUGAGCAAAAUGCCAUCUCCAUCAGCUUUGUGGCACCAAACAAAAAGUUAGAUCAAUUAGAUCCAUCAUUCAUGGAUACUCAGAUCUUGAAAGAGAUCCUAUUAACCAUCGACUUCGAAGAUGAACAUGUUAAAGAAUUUAUUACUUAUUAUCGUGAUGCAUUUGUCGAAAAUGAGUAUGAAUUACAUAAUAUUGAAAAAUUGGAACGUGACUAUCAUAAACAAACACCUAUUUGGUGGUAUACUUAUGAAUAUUUCUUAUAUUCGACGCUCAAUCAAGCAUUAAGAUUAAUGGAUGUUGAUAUUAUUGUUCGAAUGGGUUUCUUUAUUAAGGAUUUACAUCGUGAUAUUCAACGACUUCAUUCGGAACAAUUUCAUGGUCAACAAUCUGGUGAAACAUUAACAGUUUAUCGUGGACAAUGUCUUUCAAAAGAAAAUUUCACCGAAAUGACAAAAACUAAAGGUGGACUUCUUCGAUUUAAUAACUUUUUAUCGACUAGUACAAGUCCUGGUGUUUCUCUCUGUUUCGCACCACAAGCUACUACAAAUCCUGCUCUUGUUGGAGUCUUAUUUGUUAUGUCAAUCAAUCCUACUCAUUCAACAACACCAUUUGCUUCUGUUAGUGAUGUUAGUUAUUUUCAUACAGAAGAUGAAGUUCUCUUCUCUAUGCAUACCAUUUUUCAGAUUGGAGAUAGUAAACCGAUAGAUGAAAAUAAUUAUCUAUAUCAAGUGAACCUAACACUGACCAAUGGCAACGAUCCAGACCUUCGUACCCUUACUGAUCAGAUACGGCAGGAGACCUUUCCAGGUGAAGAAGGAUGGUACAGAUUGGGAUUAUUACUGAUGAAAAUGGGUCAGUCUAACAAGGCUCAAGAAGUUUAUGAAGUUUUACUUCAUCAAGCAACGAAUGAGAAUGUCAGGGCAAAUAUUUAUCAUCAACUAGGUUGUAUCAAAGAUAGUCAAGGAGAAUACCAAGAAGCGCUAACAUAUCAUAAAAAAUCACUUACUAUCGAUCAAAAAACACUUCCUUCCAAUCAUACUGAUUUGGCUAACUCGUACAUGGGUAUCGCUAACGGGUACUACAGCAUGGCUGAUUAUUCAAAAGCACUUUCUAUUUAUGAAAAAGCCCUUGCAAUUCGACAACAAUCACUACCACUCAAUCAUCUCCAUUUAGGAGAUUCCUAUAACAGAAUCGGCAUUGUAUACGACAGCAUGGGUGAUUAUACAAAAGCACUUUCUUAUUAUGAAAAAGGCCUCGAAAUUCGACAAGAAUCACUUCCUUCCAAUCACCCUGAUUUGGGUGCUUCCUAUAAUAACAUCGGGUUCGUGUAUUAUAACAUGGGUGAUUAUCCCAAAGCACUUUCUUAUUACGAGAAAGAUGUUGCAAUUCUACAACAAUCACUUCCAUCCACUCAUCCUGAUUUCGGCGAUUCUUAUACUAACAUCGGUUUGGUGUAUUGCCAAAUUGGUGAUUAUACAAAAGCACUUUCAUCUCAUGAGAAAGCCCUUACAAUUCGACAACAAACACUUCCUACCAAUCAUCCAGAUUUAGGUACUUCCUAUAUCAACAUUGGUAGUGUGUAUUAUAGGAUGGGUGAUUAUUCAAAAGCACUUUCUUAUUAUGAAACAGCCCUCGCAAUUCAACAGCGAUCACUUCCUUCUAAUCAUCCUGAUUCGGGUGCUUCUUACAUAGGCAUCGGUUUGGUGUAUGACAGCAUGGGUGAUUAUCCAAAAGCACUUUCUUAUAAUGAAAAAGCCCUUACAAUUCGACAACAGUUACUUCCUUCGAAUCAUCCUGAUUUGGGUGCUUCCUAUAACAACAUCGGUGCGGUGUAUGAGAAUAUGGGCAACUACUCAAAAGCUCACUCAUUUUAUGAACGUGCUGUAGAAAAUGGGCAACAAUCAUUACCAUCAAACCAUCCAACUCUUCAACAACGGAGAAAAAACCUCGAAAACAUGAAAAAGAAAUUAUAA